AUGUACUUGUUGGUAAAUGUGGAUGAUUUACUAUUAACAGGGAAUCAAGAUCACAUGCUCAAGUCUUUCAUCAAGUGCCUUCAUAAUACGUUUGCAAUUAAAGACUUGGGGAAGCUUAGUUAUUUUCUUGGGCUGGAAGUUACCUACACCAACAAUGGCCUGUUUUUAAAUCAAUCUAAAUAUGCUGGUGAAAUAUUGGAAUGGGCUAAAAUGGUGGAUGCUAAACCCGUUCAUACCCCUCUACCUUCAAAUGUCUCAUUUUCCUCUACGGGGGAUCCUUAUGAUGACCCUACACAUUAUCGGUCGAUUGUAGGGGUUUUACAAUACUUAACUAUCACUCGCCCCGACAUAUCCUAUGCUAUAAACCAGGUUAGCCAAUUUCUCAAUGCUCUAACCACAUCUCACUUUCUAGAAGUUAAGCGGAUAUUACGGUAUAUUAAAGGCACAAUUGCAUAUGGACUUCAUUUUUCUAAACCCACAACCACAUCAAUUAUUGGUUUCUCUGAUGCUGAUUGGGCACGGUGUCUUGAGACUCGCCGCUCAACCUAUGGGUAUUCUAUAUUCUUAGGAGAUAAACUUGUAUCCUGGAGUGCGAAGAAGCAACCCACGGUCUCGCGCUCGAGUUGUGAAUCUGAAUAUAGAGCUAUGGCUAACACUGCGGCUGAAAUUAUUUGGAUUACUCAUCUACUCCAAGAACUUCAUGCGCUGCCUUCAACGAGACCUACUCUCUUAUGUGAUAACCAAAGCGCUUUGUUUCUAACUCAGAAUCCGGUCUCCCACAAACGUGUCAAACAUCUUGAACUAGACUAUCACUUUAUCCGUGAGUUAGUAUCUUCGGGGAGGCUCUACACUAAAUUUAUCCCAUCCAAGCUCCAGGUGACUGACAUAUUCACUAAAAGUCUUCCUCGGCCUCAAUUUGAAGCUCUUCGGAAGAUGCUCCGUCUUGGUCCCCCACCGUCUCGCUUGCGGGGGAUAUUAACAUACCACUCACUUAAUUACCUUAUUAUCUCUAGAUAA